GGUUGAACGGACGAGUCCCAGCUUGCGGGGCGCCGUCUCGCCUGCGGGUGGGGCUGCGGGCAGCCCGCCGGGUGGCGGCUUCAGCCCCGCCCUCGGGACGCCGGAAGGGGAAGGGCGAUGGCCGCCGCGAGCGGAAGUGACGUCACGUCGCCGGCGGAAGGGGCCUAAGUUGAGAGUCGGGCAGAGCCCUCUGGCUGCGUCUCGGCGUCCCCGCGGCAUUAUGGAGGGCGGGGAUGACGGCGAGGGCGAGGACAUGGAACUGGGGAGCACAGCCUGCCAUCUGCCAAAGGGGAUGGCUGACAUGUCGUUCGAGGAGCUGUUGGAACUCCAGAGCCAAGUGGGGACCAAGACACAGAAAGAGUUGGUAGCUAGAAACAGCACUAAGAAGCCAGGUGCUAGAGGGUCUGCCCAGAGUGCUUGUGUUGCAGAUAAGCACAGGCCUCUGGAAAUGUCAGCCAAGGUCCGAGUGCCGUUUUUACGUCAGGUUGUCCCCAUCAGUAAAAAGGUGGCCCGGGAUCCCCGCUUUGACGAUCUGUCCGGGGAGUAUAAUCCUGAGGUGUUUGACAAAACUUACCAGUUCCUGAAUGACAUCCGAGCCAAGGAGAAAGAGCUUGUGAAGAAACAGCUGAAGAAGCACCGGUCAGAGGAGGAGCGUGGGAAACUUCAGCAGCUUCUUCAGCGGCUGGAGCAGCAGGAAGCAGCCCAGCAGGAGAGGAAGCGGCAGCAGGAGCUCCGCUUGGCCCUGAAACAGGAGCAGCGGGCUCGGGCCCAGCAGGGCCAUCGGCCAUAUUUCCUCAAGAAAUCUGAGCAGCGCCAAUUGGCCCUAGCGGAGAAGUUUAAGGAGCUGAAACGCAGCAAGAAGCUAGAGAGUUUCUUGAGUCGAAAAAGGCGUCGCAAUGCAGGCAAGGACAGGAGACAUCUGCCUUUGAGCAAAGAGUAACAAGGAGCUCUUCUGUCUGCCACUGCCCAGGGAGCUGUCAUUCUGCGGAGCUGUUGGGGCUGGCCUGUUCUGCUGGUUCUUUUCUGCUCAAGGGUGAGGAUCCCAGCUGCCCUGGAACUAGAUUGGCUCAAACAGGAGGGGUCUUGGGUGGCCCUCAGACUGGAGAGAAAAUGUUACUCAGCUGUUGCCGUGCCACACUGCCUCUACGUGGAUCCAGUCAUUGUGUCCUCCGGUCCUCCUCCUAUCUUUGCCUUAACCCAGUAGUUCUGAUGCAGAAGCAGGGGCCCCUUGGGAUCUGUUCAUAUAGGAACUGCAUCAUUAACAAUUCUUGUUCAUUAAAUCGUCUUUGUAUUA